AUGCCACCGUACGACUUGCACUCCUACAGUUGUGGUGUGCACAUCUUACUGCAGUUCUGUUGCAGAGAGGUCCUUCGGUAUUUGGUGGGACCGGGUGUGGGUUUGACCACGUGGGACGUGCAUCGCGACCUGGGGUACAUUGUGGGGGCUACGGACAAGGGCGUAUUGGGAGUGUGUCGAUGGACAGACGAGACGUUCAGCGUGGAGGUGGAGGCGCACCGGAAGCGGAUUGACGCGCUGGUCUGUGUGGCGGGGACGCCCUUGGUGGUCACGAGCGGCCGGGACGGAGUGACUCGCGUCUGGAAGCUAGAGCCUGCAGAGCCGUCGGUGUUGACCCCGGUGUGCGACUUGGUCGGCCACUCGAACUGGGUUGUUUCCGUUCGCAACACGGGUGACGUGGUGACCUCCGUGUCGGAUGAUGGCUUGAUGAUUUCAUGGGACCCAGAAACAUGGCGUCCUGUCUCGAAAGUGCGUUUGCGCGCCUGCAAUCGUGCCUGGUUGGAUAGCGGACCUCAAACGAUCUACACAUUGCAUAACGGACAGAUCGCACAAUACGUGCGAUCCGGCAAGGCGGGCCCGACAAGUGGUUUGGCAAGUGGCCCGGGCGGACCGUAUCAACGAACCGAUUCGUAUGACCGGACCGACUCGCAGGGGCGUGAGAGUGUGUUGGUGGAGAAACUCUCGCUGAGUCAGAUGUCUUCACCACGACAAACACCGACCUUGAUCUCCAGUCCCAGUCUCGGGCCCAGUCCGUACGGCACGCCGACGACGAGUCCGCGUAACAGUCUGCAGGAACUCCAACAAGCUCUUGUUCGGGAUUCGAGGGCAACCAACGACCAGCUCGUCCCCGGACGCCUGCCGCGUACUAGCAGCCCCCGAAAGAGGCCCUCUGCGCCCUGGACUUCCAGCCCGCAAGAGCGCGGGUUGGCCUCCCACCCAACAGGCUCACGUCCGCAUCUGGCGACGGGCCCAGAUCUGGGGGAGCCUGGCGCCUCCCGAUUCGGCGACGCGUUUAACUCGCAGGAGAACCGCAGUCCGGCAUCCGCGGCGGCGCAGCAGCCUAUCGACCAGUUGAUGCGUCGCCUGAGCUCGCGGAGUGUUUCCUUCCUCAACAAGUCGGUGGACAAGUCGACGGACCGAUCCCUAGACCAAUCCCUCGACCAGUCCCUAGAACAGUCGGGGGUUGGCGGGUUGUCGACGGAGGCGGGUCGCGGCUUGACGCCGAGAGGACUGUUGGCGGUCCCGGGGCCGGCGUCUUACUCGGCGGUAGAGGCGGAUGGCCGUAGCAUGCCAUCGUUGGGUCCGCGUGCGGUGAGCGACACGCCAUUGACUCCACGGUACGUGCCGCGUGCGGAUGGGCGACCGCGGCGGUCGCAGGCCGGGGCGCGGUCGUCGGAGCGAGGGGUGGAGAAGGAGGAUCGAAGUCGGGUUGAGGGAUCGUCCGUGGGCGGUGGAUCGGAGGAGGCCGUGGCGCCCUUGGUUAGAACGCCGCUGCGGUCGACGGAGCGUCGGCCGCGGCGAUCGACGCUCGGGACCGAAGAGGGCCGUCGGAGCGAGGCCGCGAUGCCGGGCGUGCGGAAGUCCAGUCACCGGGAGACGCUGGACCGGAGGGGACUUUCUUCUGCCUCGGCCCAGCCAUCUUCAGUGGCGCCCCCGUCGGCCCAGGCUCCCACCUCGUCGUCGGCCUUGGCCCCCGGCUCGUCGGCCCCGCCCACCUCGUCGGCCUUGCCCGGCUCAGCGGCGCCAGCUACGAGCGACCGGUCACUGCGGUACAUGAGUAUCCAACAACGCCUGGACCGCGAGCUAGAAGCAGCACGACAGCAACCCUCAUCCGCGCGCUCGCUCACGGCUCUUCGGCCUCGACGAUCCUCGGUCGAGACGGGUCGGCGAAGUGUGCGGAAGUCGGCCCGAGAGGACUUGCUCAAGAUCGACGCGGCCACAGCGCGACUAAUGAGCGACCCGCGGAAAGGCAACGUCUAA